UAUGUUAUCAUAGUCAUGUUGCGAUGGCGACAUCAAUUACAGAUCUUCCUCCAGAACUUCUAGUCAAAGUGUUUUCAUUUCUUCCCGGUAGAACUCUAGGAAAUGUUUGUAAGACAUGUACAAGCUUUCGGGAGGCGGCCAACGUCGAUUCCAUUUGGCAAACAAGAUGUGGCACAGAAUACAAUUUUACACAGCUGGAUGGUUGGAACAUCUCCUAUCAUGAUUUAUACACAAAAGUAUUAAUCAAGUAUGGAUCUUUAAGAGGACUUUAUCAACGUGAUUUCAAAACCUAUGGUGGACUAGCUCAUAUCAAGUUUGACACGGGUCAGAUUUUAGUCAGUGAGUAUAUUGCUCCAGAUAAUCCAUAUGUCACACUGCCACUAAGGGAACAGAAGCUUUUCAGUAUUUGUAUGAACAAAAAAGGAGAGGCUGAAGUGCUGUGUUUGAAGGGCUACAAAGGACCUCAUGCAUGCAAAUUAAUACAGAAAAACCAAAGGUUGAAAUUCAAGUGCCAACACAUCGGGUAUCAUCGACACCCCAAAGGGAAGGAAAGGGAACUAGAAGAAUGGUUGACUUCCAAACAAGAAGAUUUCCCUGAUUUGUCUGUGAUGAAAUUUGAAGAAUAUUACCUCAAAACGGGGAAAUACAAGUUUCAACGGAUAGAACUGCCUCUUCCGAUGAGAAAUGUACCAGUGCAACCAGGUCUGUUCAAAGGCCAGUACGGAGCUCAUGGGAUAGAAAUCAUGUACCUAAGCUAUGACACGGACAUGAAGACUAUUCAGGUCUUGAAAGUAACAGGAGAUGUUAACGUUCCCGCGAUGAAUGUUAGUCUGUUUGUGGACCUUCAUCGACCAAUGGUACUUAACGUUGAACAACAGGAGUCGAUGCAUACGCUGAGAGAAAUUGACAUACCGGACAUUCCUGAAGAAAAUGGACCAGGAUUUGAACCCAGACACCAGCCCUUUAGAAUCCCUGAAGGCUGUAUGAACCGACAAGCUAACGCACCUCACCGUUGUAAAUACAGGUUCCAUGGAAAGGGUCGUAUAGCAGGUCACGGCUAUCACAACCCAAGUCUGACGCCUGGUCAUUUGGUAGUGUUUGAUGACAAUACUCUAGGUUUUAUGUGGAUGGAGCUUCUAUCGUUCAGUAUGUAUUCUAGAGUGAUGGAGACAUUUGACUGACCUCAGGGGCAACAACUCUGAUAAAUAUUGGCUGUAUCAUGUGUUGUUCAGAAUUACACCACUGCCAUCAGGACUUGUUUUAAUUCCAGGUAAUUUGUUAAUGAAUGUCAGUAGUUUUUGAUGGAUGAGUAUCCUGUGAUAAAGCAGAGAAGAUUCCAUUGAACAAGUCAUCUUCUGUGGAUAUAUUACAAUAUAAUACGUCAUUAUUUUGUAAAUUCUUCUUGUAUGACAGGUUAAUAUUAGACUGGACUGCUGGAAUGUUACAGUAAUACAGCACAUUUUGUUAUGACUGAUCCAGGUAAUACUUAAAAAAAAAUAGAAAACAAAAAUAUGUUAAUGUAUGUUAAAAAUUGUUUACAAUGUAAUUGUACUAGAGUCAAUAUAAAAGACCUAGUUUUGGUUUUAUUUUCGUCUUUUGAGAGAACUUUCCUGUAUAUGAACUUGUUCUAGAUUCAAUCUUUGAUUGUAUGAUAUUGUAGCAUGUUGGACUGUAAACAUGAUCUGUGUUAUACAAGUACAAGUGCUCUUGAUGUUCUCACUAAUAUUCAUUGUACUACAAUGGAGUCUAAGAUGCGCAUGAUAGUGAGAUGUUAAAAAUCAUGUUAAAAUUUUCACGGAGGUGAGAACGGGAAAAAGAUAGUAGUUUGGAGUAAUUUUGUUUAACUAGGAUAGGGUUAAUAUUUUAUAUCAUUCAUGCUUUUGAAUUUGCUUUUAUCCAGAUGGCAUUCAUUACUAAUAUGAAUGCCAUCUAAAAGCAGUGGAAUGCCUUAUAAUUCAUUAUAUUUAUAGAUUCAAACAGAAAAAAGUAGAUUUUCUGAUGUGUCUUGCUGAUGUUAUCACAUUUGAUUCUAGCAGAAAUGUCUUAUUUGCGAAACGUGAUUUGUAGAAAUAUGUUUGUUACUUACAUGAAAAAUUCAUCGGACCUUAUUUAUAAACUUUGAUAUGUACCACUAUACCUUACAAAAAUCUACUAUGCAUUAUGUUUAUACACCAAUAACAUUGGUAUUUAUCUACAAUUUAAAGCUUUUCUGACAACUUUUUUUA